UUACUAUUAAGAGCACACACGCAAGCACGCACACACACCAAAUACGCGAUGGUUAAGGGGAAGGGGGAAGAGAGUACUGGGAUCCUGAUUAGUUUGCAGGAAAUGAAGGAGAGGGAGAAGAAGUAUGUCCAGAAGCUGCAGGAAAUUAAAGUUAGCUGCAAUUUCAUUAGGGAGUCCGCAAUCGAAUGCCAUCGGCUGGAGGAGGAGCGCUCCGCUGUCGAUCAUUGGGAUCACUAUAUACGCUGUGACGGCUUGCCACGCCCAUAUUUACCACCCGAAAUGCGCGACUUUAUUUCGAAGAGGCGCUAUUAUCAACACUUUUUCACGAAUCAGAGCGUGGACUGGACCCUGUCCGUGGAUAAUCGCAGCAUACUAACGCAGAAUAUAUUCCGCACAGAUCGUACCAAGGAAACGGUCAAGGAGCGGCUCAACGAGCACAUAGGAGAGCAAUACGAACUGGACAUUACCAUGUUUCUGGAUACACUCAACAAGAUCGACCGUAUGCUCGAUACGGCUAUUGAAAUGGAACGUGUCGACUUUGACCGUCAAUUAGAGAUCAUGGAAACAAGGCACGAGAUUGAAAACGAGAUUGAUGAAUCGUUCAACCGUCUGACCUAUCGCAUUAUACGCAUGGAUGGCGUCUUCAUGGACUCUGAUGAUGGCAUCGUAGCCACUUGGCGUUAUACUUGCCCCAGAUAUUCCAUAGACAUCUGGGCGCUGCGCGAUGUGCCCAUUCGGUUCGAGGAAAUGCUAGCUCCGCUAAUGGUCGCCGAGAUGACGGCUACGUCUGUUCGUGUUCAGAUGCCGCUGAGUGUGCUCCAUGAUUGCCUCACAUUGCGUUGCAUCUGGACGAAUUUCGACAACUAUACGCAAUACGCGAAAACUUUCGAUUUGGCCAUACCGGAAGGCCAUGUGGAGGUGGACGUCAAUGCCGGCAUUACGGACAUCGAGGAAUGCUUGGUCAACGAGUGGCUGAUGCAGCUGGAUGUACAAAAGGAGCUAUUGGCUGUUUUGCUCGAGAAACGUGAAACCUAUGAGGAAAUCAUGCGCGUCAUCGCCGAGCGCACGGAACGUGCUCUCAAGGAGAAGAAAAACAACGACACAAGCAAGAAGACAAAGAUCACUAUACCUAAGGCACCCAGGGAAGCGCUGUUGGUGCCAGCAGGAAUGUUGCCAGAGCCGUAUCCCACAUUCCUGGAACGUGAACAACAACAGUACUUGGAUCUGCUCAACGAUCUAUACAAUCCAAUAAACUUCAAGUUACCCGAGGACAUAGUCAAUCUGAGGGAAUACGUACUGCUAGGCGGCCUCUAUUUAAUACAUUUCGUGCGUCGUCCGUUGAGUACCCAUUACCAGAUGUUUAACAUAACGCUACACGAGGAUGGACGAGCAUUGCAUAUUAAGCACGAUAUUGUGGCCGACAUGUAUGACCCAUCAUAUGAUAGUCGAUUGGAUCCGAGAGCGACCAAAAUAGCGACAAAACGUUCAAAGAUGCUGAUAGAUGAAGAGAAGCGCCACACCCAUAUGCUCGGGGACGAUGAAUUGCCAUAUUUCUUUGUGACCAUUCACAUGGCACGGGAGCUGUGUCUGUGGGGAACGCCGAUACCCUGUCAUUACAUAGAUAGCAUGGAGGAUGUGGUAUCGGAUAUAUCAUUGAUUGAGGAUAAAAAGGAGUCGGUAGUAGCAAAGAAAAAGAAAUCAAGGACCGGCACAUUUUCGAAGCAGCAGCAGGUAGUCCAGGUAAUCGAAGACCCACAAUUGAAUCAAAUUCAACGUGUCAGAAAUACAACGGUCAAUACGUUUCGACCUACGCUAAUUGCCUUGCUAAGAACCAGCCGUAAGCUGCAGCCUGGGGAGCGUCAACUGGCGGUCGAAAAUUUUAACUUGUUACAACGACUGGAUCACAAGAAAAUCCGACAGUUGGAACGGUAUUGUGUUCCACGGAUAUUGUCCUCAUUCAAAUUCCCAAUGGAAGUCAGAGAGGACCUCGAACAGCAGAGUUUUGAUAAUCGGCCAAAGCCGAAAAAUAUGUUGAUCAGGCGACGCAGCAUCGAUACUGAGGAAACUGUCGUUAUUGGCGAUUUGGAUUUCGAUUAUGAAGAACAACAUGCAGCCGAAAGGGUCUAUCCCGUUUUUGAAGAUUUGGAGUGCAUGAAGUAUGUCGAGGAAGAUGUGGACGGCUAUGAAUUUGAUAAGAAAAGCAUGUACGGCCUGAUCGACACCUUGGACAAUAUCUCGACCAGAUACAUUGCUAGACACUUAAAUAUUAUGAGUCAGGCUGAUUUUUCGAUUAAAAAAGCACCAAAAAAGGCAAUAGUGCCAAAUGUCGAUACACGUACGGGCAGCGGGUUCGUUAAAACGAGAUCAACGGUUCGAACACAGAGCAAGCACUCAGUGGUCCAUGGAAGUGGAAUGGGCUCAUCCAAUGUAACCAUACUUGGAGAGCUAUCGAACCGUUCUAUUCAGACUGACGAACCCGAGGACCAUUCAGCAGAAAAUGAAGCUGAAAGUUCACAAGAGCCGGAAGUAAAAGCGGAGAAGCCCAAAGAGAGGGUCAUACGCUGGACAACCAAGCAUAUCAUUUCCCACAAUUUCGAUAGGGAAGCGCGUACCAUGAACAUCAAAACGGAUCGUUUGGGCAUAUUUGGAUUUGCCUACAAGCGCUACGAGCAUUUCCCUUUUCGCAACUGGAGCCUGCAGCCCAAUGAGGAAAACAAUGAUGAAAUUAUACUGAGUGUUGAUACAUUUUAUGCACGCGUUAUACUUUACAUUUCGGCUGCUGGCAUUAGUGGCUAUGUGACGGAUAUAUCCUUGAAUUACGUGGCACAUCCGGUCAAAUACUUGGAAAUAAAAACUCCAAUUUCUGAUUAUCGUGAACUGCGCCGGCGCUUCUUUGAGAAAGGCAUCAACAUCUUUGCGGAAAACGACGCUUGUUUCUAUAUAGACAACGGCUACUUCUCGGUCAAGCACAUGGCUACGGAGGAUCACACGUACGAUGCCAUGGCUCUACAUUGCAAGCUGAUGAAGUUCUAUCGGUGUAACUGGAAUUGUUUGGCAUCGCGACGUAACUUGUUGCUUGGCAUGAAGAACGCCAAAGAUCCUACCGAUUAUACUGAAGUCACAAUGCGCAUAACGCCCGAUAAUGCGACCUUUGUCGAGGUAUCGGAGCUAUGCUCCGACGAUCUGGAUGUUAUAAAACUCGACUAUAAGAAUACGUGGCGCAACAUGAGCAACUAUUCGGACCUGCAUCAGGCCAUCAACUCAAUGAAUCCUUCUGCCACGGAAUUGAGGAACAAGGAUCCGCAGUUGCUCUUCCAGGUCAAGCGGAUGCUCAACGAAAUUCAUGUAAUGAGCUUCUCAUAGAAUCCAAUCUGUUUUCUAUCGAUUUCUGUAUGUUUAUAAACAAGUAAAAAUGUCUUGAGAGAAUUA